AUGCUCACUGAAUUGGCAAACAUAACGCGCCUAAAACGUUCCAUUCCAAGAAUUGUGUUUUUUGCUCAUUUGUCCUUACUGAACGCUACUCAUGAGACAGAACAGCCUUCAAUCCCUCCCGGUCAGCCUGCUCGCCCAUCUUCCCGCCCACGGGCGUUCGCUCACCUGCUGGCCGGGCGGCAGAAUGAUACAGAUUCCUCGAACGCACCAGUUGACCUGUAUCCACCAAUAAAGAACUGGCUUACAUCUCGAAGACUAUCACUCAUUAGAGGCGUCAGCCUGAAAGACGGGCAGAUCAGAAUCCCUCGGAAAGGCCUAUAUGUUGUAUACAGCCAGGUGCAGUUCAGUGACGGUCACCCGCCGCCACCAGAGGGCGACACUCGCCAGAUACGGCAAUACACUCAUAAAAUCUGUCGUUACAAUGUGAUUUACGCUAACGGAGGCGAAGAAUGUCUGAUGAUGUCGGAACUCACGAAAUCUGCUGACAAUGCUAUACAUUUGUGCAGAAACCCAAGUUACAUGUCUGGCAUUUUCAUGCUAAAUUAUCAUGACAGAGUCUUCGUUAGGGUGUCCAAUACGUCUUUGCUCUCGCUAGAACCCAUAUCAACUUACUUCGGUGUUAUUGAAAUGACGUGAUUGUUUUUUUUUUCCGUCAUGCACGGUGAAAUUUGAUCUCAUAGUUGCAAGAAAUCACAAGAAGUGUAAACGUGUGAUAUGCCUUGCAAUGAAUUAUGGUGAUGAUUGACGAAUGUACGCGUGGUAUUUUGAGCAGAUGACUUGAGUGCCGUCACAUGAUCAGACUGUUCCGGAGCUAGUGUCCGUCGGAUUACACCAGACAUCAGAAUGCACAGAGAUGAUAGAAUGGAAUAGAAUUUGAAGAACAACCCCGCGUGAUUGUCGCCCACGUGUGGUGUUUCAAUGACUACAACAGUGCAAAAUGUGCAUGCCAAAGGAGAGAGAAAACAUAUAAGUGAAGUUAUAAUCAAUGGAAUAAAAUGACAAGGCCUCUAGAGUAAAACCAGGGCAGCGAGAACAGUGUCGUAGCUGGAUAAUGGUCACACGUAACCAAUGAAAUAGUUUCAUAUCAGUUUACCCCUGUGAGAGUUUUCUAACUGUUCAUAUAAAUGCAUAAAUAGUAGCAAACUACAUGCUCCCUAGCACCAUGUCUUAAACAAAAUUAGAUAAACAAAAAUGCAGUGUAGUUAACUGGAAUUUAUUAGACCUCACUGGUGAAGAAUUACUCCAAAUGCUGUGCUGUCAUCACAUUGAACGUACAAUCACAUUAACGGGCAUUUGGACUUCAGUGAAUGUUGGGCUGCGCAAACUGACCUGACCUGCCGACCACUUACUGUUACGAUGGCCCCUGCGAAUGGAGUCAGCGAGGGAGGCUUCAAAUUCGCUGUCAAAUAUCAGAAUAAUCCUGCACCUCGUUUAUAUCGUGAUUGAAAGUCGCACGGGGCUACAUCUCACUCGCCGUCCUGUUAAAAUCCUGUAACUUUUGUGGUUACCUGGACACCACCAGCAGUAUGUGUAUUUUGGCCUUCAGUUAACAUGCAGAUUGAUCAGUCAGAUCUUCGUAACUAUUGGAUUCGCCAUAUACGUUCCGAAGUUUUGCUGAGAUGGUCAUCUGAAUUUGAAUGCAAUGUGCAGAGCUUAGGGUUGCUGAUAUACAUUUGUUUAUUUUUGCAUCUAUCAAGGCUGCUAAUUAAAAUCUUGUUAUCUGCAACAUUUAAACAGGUGGCCACUCAUGUAGCCGUUUUGAAAUAAAUAAGGAAUCACGUUGCUCUCGCAAUAGGCAUAAUCACUACAGGAUUAAGGAGGUAGAUAGAUGGGGGAUUCAGUUAAACGGUUCAUGAAUUAAUAGACUGUUCAGGAAUUUCUGAAAAAUAAUCCGAAAAUGAAAAGGAAAAAUGGGAAAUAAACAAAUUA